AUGGUGCUGGAGAAUGACGCCAACACGCAUGCUGGUAUCCGCACCCUUUCUCUUUUAUCUGACUAUGAGAAUGAUGGAUACUCCGAGGUUGAGAUUGUCGAGGCCCGCAAGAUUGAUACAAUUGGUAACUAUGCUCUACACCACCGCUUAGAUCAAUCUGGUGGUACGGAUGGUAUCAUCGAGAAUGUCAGUGACCGCGUCGGACAACCCCGUCUAUCUUUUGAUUGA